AGACUAGGCCGCGGCUCCCCGUCGUCCUCCUCGGCCUCUCCUGCUCCCUGUCCCCGGGGCCAUGGCCUCCCCGGGCCCGCACUCGGGCUGCGGCUGUUGCUCGGGGCCGAGCAGUGUCCGGCAGAGCCUGGAGGAGAUGGACUUUGAGCGGGGUAUCUGGUCGGCAGCCAACACCGGAGACAUGAGCGGAGUCCGUCAUUUCGUGGAGAAGGGAACAGAUCCCGAUCUGCCCGACCGGUCUGGUUACACAGCACUGCAUUACGCGAGCCGCCGAGGUGAUUACGAGCUGUGUGAAUAUUUGCUGAGCAAAGGGGCGAGCAGUAAUGUCCAGACCCGAGGGGGAGCGACCCCCCUGCAUCGAGCAGCCUACUGCGGUCACCUCCCCGUUGUCACCCUCCUCCUCACUCACUCUGCGGCCCCCACCAUCGCCGACCAGGACGGCAUGACCCCCCUACACAAGGCGGCUGAGCGAGCCGAGGAGAGCGUGUGCCAGGUUUUGUUGCAGCACAAUCCAGCCUUGAAGAACCUCAGGGACAGGAGGUCCAGGGCCCCUCACGAUAUGGUCAAAGACCACCUGACUCUGGGGGAACUGCUACGGCCCAAUCCCCCAACCUGACCCUCCUGCCCGCCUAUGUGCGAAUGUGUCCGUGUGAGUGUGUGUGUGUCUGUGUGCGAGUCUGUGUGUGUGAUUGUCUAUGUCUCUGAGUACGGUUACUAACUGGUACUAACUCCCGCUUUUCCAGGAGUAAUAAUCCCUUCAAAAAUAAAAAAUUUGAUUACUC